AUGGAUUCUUUGAACUCCAGCACCUUGGCAGUGAAUGUUAGCACAGGAAGAGUGGUCCUGAUGCCCCGUAUUGGUUAUACGAUAAUAGCAAUUAUAAUGGCAACAUCUUGCACUUUGUCGGUCAUUUUGAAUACAACAGUUAUUGCAGUAACUAUCAAGUACAGACAGCUUCGUCAGCCCAUCAACUAUUCCUUGGUCAACUUAGCCAUAGCAGACCUUGGAGCAGCCUUGUUGGGAGGAAGUCUGAAUGUAGAGACAAAUGCUGUUGGGUAUUACAACCUGGGUAGAGUUGGCUGUGUCACUGAAGGUUUUGCUAUGGCAUUUUUUGGAAUUGUGGCUUUGUGCACCAUAGCUGUGAUAGCUGUUGAUCGUGCAAUUGUGGUUGCCAAGCCCAUGGGAACACUUACUUUUACCACCCGGAAAGCCAUGAUUGGAGUUGCUGUAUCCUGGAUCUGGUCUCUUGUUUGGAAUACACCUCCUCUUUUUGGAUGGGGAGGAUACCAGAUGGAAGGUGUUAUGACCUCCUGCGCACCAGACUGGUACAACAGUGACCCUAUUAAUGUUUCCUACAUUAUCUGCUACUUUCUUUUCUGCUUUACAAUUCCAUUUGUUACUAUCUUGGUUUCCUAUGGAUAUCUACUACGUACUCUACGCCAGGUUGCUAAAGUUGGAGUAGUACAACGAGGCUCAACAACUAAAGCGGAAGCUCAAGUGUCACGGAUGGUGAUAGUAAUGGUUAUGGCAUUCUUGAUCUGCUGGCUUCCUUAUGCAACUUUUGCCUUGGUAGUUGUGGGUAAUCCUCAAAUCUACAUUAAUCCUAUUAUAGCCACUGUUCCUAUGUACAUGGCAAAAACUAGCACAUUCUAUAAUCCAGUCAUCUAUAUUUUUAUGAACAAGCAGUUCCGUGAUUGUCUUGUUAGAUGUCUCCUGUGUGGAAGAAAUCCAUUUGCUUCUGAGCAAGCAGACACAUCUGCUCUAGAAGCGUCUACCAUUGCUCCAGCUUCUUCUUCAAGAUGUAGCAAAGUUUCUCCUAUGUAAAACACAGUGCAAAUAUCAUUUUUUAUUAAGUUAUCUAAUUUUAAACUCUUCCCUUUAUUGUCAGAUGCAAAAACCAUGCACUAUCAACUCUUUGGAUUUUUAUGUGAUCACUGUUCCUUUGUGGAAGAUCAUGUUUUAUGAUGACAAGUAUAGCAUCCUGGAAAGAAUUCUGUGUUUGAUUUUCUUGUUAAAUUUAAAUAUCCGUUCAUCUUCAGACAUCCACUGUACUCCAGUCCUUGAACACAUGUACCAGAGACAGCGGCACAGCAAAGGCAGAGGAGGAUGGACACUGGCAGUGCCCCUGCCGAGGGUUGCAGCCUUCCCUGCUCAUGAUGGGUGAUGCCUUGCUGCUGCUCCUGCUGCCUGCCACCACUUGCACAGUCUUGCUGCUACUGCGGAUCCUGCUGCCUGCAC